AAACCAGCAAAGCUGCGAAGGCGUCCCGCACGUACCCGCGGGCGGCGAGGGAGCUCUUGCUCAGGGCGCUGCUGUCAUUGGUGCUCUGGACUGCCCCUGCCCGACGCUGGCGGCCCCGCGGGCCCAUGGCCGAAAGAGGCCUCGGAGGAGCGGUCCUUCUCGGCGGGGAGCUGCGCUCUCUUUCCGCGGCAUCCCCCUCGCGGGCUGCUCUACGCAAAAUCACCGCUACUCUGACACUCCGCGGGCGCAGGCAAAUGUGCGUCACUUCCCGGAAGAGCGCCGCUCGCCAAUCAGAGACGAGGAGCCCCGCGCUUGUGUUGAAAUUUCACUGCCUUUGACCUUUCUCCAAUUCCCUGGGACUGCGAUUUCGCGGGAAGGCCGCGCGCCACCGCUGCUUCUGGACACGUGGAGGGUGCUAGGGAAGCGCGGGUUGUCACUUGUCUCAAGCUUUUCUCAGGUCACCAGGUUUUUAGAAGCGAGUCUAUGGAGACUGAGUCCGAGACCUCCUUGGACAACAGGAUUCUCAUUGAGUGUCUGGUCGAGCAAGGUAGGGUUAGGACCGCUGACCUCGGCGGGCAAGGAUUGGAUUAGUUCUUCGGACGCUAACUAUUGGUGAAGCUGAGCCCAGAUCUCCAUGUACAGCUAAUCUGAUCAAACAUUGUGGAAGCAAAAGAAUCUGGAAAAAACUCAAGACCACAAAACUUACUGACUGAAAACAUUGUAUUGCUCAUACCAAGAUUAAGAGUGUUUGGUGAAAGACCUUUUUAUUCUGCUAAAUCAUGACAGAGGCAGAAGAACAACAGAAGCCAUGGAAGUCAACCUUUUACUCAGAAUUACCUAAAGUGGAACUUCAUGCCCACUUGAAUGGAUCCAUUAGUUCUAAUACCAUGAAGAAAUUAAUAGCCAAGAAGCCAGGUCUUAAAAUCCUUGGUGGAAUGACCGUCAUUGACAAGGGAAAUAAAAGAACUUUAGAUGAAUGUUUCCAGAUGUUUCCAGUUAUUCAUCAGCUUACUACUGGCCCUGAAGAUAUUCUAAUGGUCACAAAAGAUGUCAUUAAAGAAUUCGCAGAUGAUGGAGUCAAGUACCUGGAGCUAAGGAGCACACCCAGAACAGAAAAUGCCACAGGAAUGACGAAAAAGACUUAUGUAGAAUCCGUCCUUGAGGGCAUAAGACAAUCCAAAGAAGAAAACUUAGACAUUGACGUUAGGUAUUUGGUAGCAAUUGACAGAAAAGGUGGCCCUUCAGUAGCCAAGGAGACUGUUAAACUUGCUGAAGAGUUUUUUCUUUCAACUGAGGAUAUAGUUCUUGGUGUUGACCUCAGCGGUAACCCAACUGCAGGAGAAGCAAAAGAUUUCUUGGAACCUCUUUUGGAAGCUAAAAAAGCAGGUCUGAAGUUGGCAUUGCAUCUUUCAGAGAUUCCAAACCAAACAAAAGAAACGCAAGUACUCCUGGAUCUUCUUCCUGACAGAAUCGGGCAUGGGACAUUUCUGAACUCUGCUAAGGGAGGAUCCCUGGAUCUGGUCAACUUUGUGAGGCAACACCGGAUACCACUGGAACUCUGUUUGACCUCAAACAUCAAAAGUCAGACAGUUUGGUCUUAUGACCAGCAUCAUUUUGGAUUCUGGUACAGCAUUGGCCAUCCUUCUGUGAUCUGUACGGAUGAUAAGGGUGUUUUUGCAACAAACCUUUCUCAAGAGUACCAGCUGGCAGCUGAAACAUUUCAUUUGACCCAGUCACAAGUGUGGAAUCUGUCUUACGAAUCCAUCGACUACAUUUUUGCUUCUGACUGCACCAGGUCUGAGCUGAAGAAAAAGUGGAAUCAUCUGAAGCCCAAAGUGUUACAUUUUUAAUCUCUUUCAAAAAAUAAAGAUCGAAACAAGCAUACAUCUAUUAACCCACAAAGGGAGCCAAGAAAAGCAGGUAAAGAUUUUUCUUUCCCUACCAGUGGCACCUUAAUCAUAAUUUGCACAUACAUAUUAAAAAAAAAACUAGAAACAAUGGACUCUUUAUAGACAUAAUUUUUAUUAAAUGGUAUCCCUGAGAGGCAGAUUAAGGUGUAAACAUAAAUCUGCUUUACAGAAAGGGAAAUGGAAGCAGGUUGACUUAUACACAAGACAUCUGGAAAUCAGUAUGCAUGGUGUUGAUAACCUAACCAAUGCUUUCUCCAAGACUACAUAGAUAUACUGAAGAUAGUCAUCUAUUUUUUUUUUUUAAAUUAUAGCACACUUCCUAAACCAUCUCAGAUUCUGAGACAUUGCUUUAGACUGGUAUUUCUUAUUCUGUCUGCUUAGUCAAUAUAAUUGAAAUACCAUUUCCCCCUUAAUUCCUACUACAUGUAAGGAGAUUCUUUGUACUAGGUAGGAUCCCUCAACACCACAACCGUAAUAUUUUAUUUAACACAGUAUGCUAUGAAUUAUAGAAUAUUCUAUCUUCCCACUUCUCUCCCAGGUCUCAUGCCAGUCACACAAUUCUAAAUAAGAAUAUGAACAGCCACAUAUCCCAGGACUUGGCUUUCUGCUCACGGUUCACCUUUCCUCUGACCUGCCGUCAAAGUACCUUUACAAGAUACUAGUUUCUGACCUUUGGCUCUCAUAGGAGUUAGUCCCCUAAAACUGCUCAUUCGUCUUCCUAAGUGCCAGCCAGAUGUUUCUUUAUCAAGUAUAGCACAAUGUCAAUUUACUGUAUAUGAUGGGAGCACAACCUCCUGAUCUGCCCCGGCACUCCAUGUUUCAGCUAAGGUAAUUUUUCUCACUCCCUUCUGCACAGCCCAUAUCACACUAUUCUUUCAGUUUUAUGAUGCUGCAAGCUUUGUCUUACCUUCCUUCCAGUCCAUCCUUUGCCCUCUUCUCCAUCUACACAAAACACCUUGCGCCACAAUUUUUUUCAUUUCUCACCCAUUCUGCAUUCAGUUUUGGAAAGCUUAUGCCCCGUUACCCAGUAACAGCCUGCUAAACACUUCCUGCUACAUGAACCCUUCCUAAAUCAAGAGAAGAAAAUAACUCCCAGAUUUUUCUUACAUUAAACUCUAUGGCAUUAUACCUUAACAUUUAUGCAGUGUUACUACCUAGCUUUGUAGAUUUCUCUGAAACUGUUGUGACUAUACAUGAGCACCUACUGUUUGUCCAUGUCAGUUUCUUCCAUUUGAGAUUGUUAAGGACAAGAAUGAGGUUUUUUUAACUUGUGCUCUACAGGACUUAUCAUACUCAUGUGAAUAUAAAGACAAUAAUUAAGUACUAUCUGAUUAUAAAGUUCAGAAUUAAAUUUGUGUUUGAAGGGUAGCUUGUAAAAUAGAUUUUAUAGUUGAAUAUGUGCAUGUACAUUUGUGAGUACUGGCAGUUCUACCGACUAGAUAAUCUGUCCUUGUCUUUAGGGUAAAGAGUUGUUGGCACAAAGUGUUGUUUUCCCAAUCAAUGGGAAUAUGAAAGUGGCUUCUGCUCAUUGUGGGUUAUUACUGAGUGCCUAUGGGGUGCAUCAUAAUAGACCAGGUGUUUGGAGUGUGUGGAUUCCCUACUAGCAGCUUUAACUGCUUUCCCUAUCACCAAGUCCAGCUAGCUUAUUCUCUAGGCUUCUAGAUCACAAGGGACAGAUAAACUUCAGAUGGGAUGGGGAAAAAAAUCAAAACUAAAUGCUAUAAAUGUACUAUUGCUCUAUUCCCAAUCUUUUAGGGCUUGGAAAAAAAUAAAGAAAUCCAGGGUUUACACCUCAGUAUGUAUAUAAGGUAUACAUUGUUUCCCUACAUAGAACACCUAGGUUCUUGACAAGAUAAUUCAUAGGUCAGAACCAAGAUCAACAUAAACUCUCCUAUAGUACAUGAAGAGAGUAUUUGACAAAUGUUAUUCUGAGUAGAGGCUUAAAUGAACAGGAAGAGUCAUUCUUUUUUGUAUUUCCGUAUUAUAUAAAGAGCUAAGCCCACUCAGUGAGAAAAGUCUCACUUCUCCCUGAAAUGCUGCUGUGAUGGGGUUUUCAAGUCAAAAUGUAAUUGAGUAACAGGAUAAGUAAGGAAGGCUAUUACAUUAAACUCAUUGAAUCUACUACUCUGUCCUCUCUCCUGGAUUAAGGGAUCAACAUAGGUGCUGAGAGGAAAAAGUGUUAUUUGUCAAUUCAUAUGCCGGCAAGGAGAGGGACUGAAAUCAUCCCUUCAUUCUUAAAAUGACUGCCAUGGGAGAUCCAGGAGAAACAGGCACAGCCAGUGAGGUAAACCCUAAAGAGUAUUUCCUAAGCUAAUCGAACAUAGAAUAGGAGCUGGAUCUCACUAUUGGAAGACUUUCCAAACAACACAUUUAUUGAGGCUCUUUCUUUUAGAGCCUCAGGGGCUUAUUAAGGUGCCGACUGUGACAGAAGCUUCUCUCGUGUAUGGAUUUCUCGGUGCUUAUUAAGAACAGAACUUUUACUGAAGCACUUGCCACAGUCAUGACACCUAUAAGGUUUCUCUCCUGUGUGGGUUCUGUGAUGUGCACGUAAGUCAGAACUCUUACUGAAACUCUUUCCACAGUCAGGACACACAUGGGGUCUCUCUCCUGUGUGUAUCCUCCGAUGUGCACUAAAAUGAGAACUGUUAUUGAAGCUUUUUCCACACUCUUCACACUGAUAGGGCUUUUCUCCUGUGUGGGUUCUCUGGUGAAUUAUAAGACUUGAGCUCUGAUUGAAGCGUUUUCCACACUCACCACACUGAUAAGGUUUCUCUCCUGUAUGGAUCCUCCUGUGGGUAAUGAAAUUUGAGCUGUCACGGAAACUUUUUCCACAGUCAAGACACUUAUAAGGUUUCUCUCCAGUGUGUAUUCUCCGAUGUCUAAUGAGACGUGCACUCCGACUGAAGCUUUUCCCACAGUCAGCACAUUUAUAUGGAUUUUCCACUUGAUGGGAUAUCUGAUGCAUGAGGUGGGAGUUUGGACCAAAGCUUUUGCCGUAUCUGAGAUAUUUAUAGGGUCUCUCUCCUAAAUAGGGUCUCUGAUGAUUUAGAACUUUACCUAAACUCCUCUCUGGGAGUGUUGGUUUUCCUCUUCUUUCUCCUGGGGUCUUUUCCCACUGUCUUCCUGAUCUACAUUCACUCUCACUGCCUUUACCCUGAUUAAAAUGGCGGGGAAUUUUCCUUUCAGACCUUGCAAGUAAUGUCCUAUGCAGCUGUACUUCUUCAGAAAUAUCCCGUUUUAGAUUCUUUUCAUUCUCAAAUCCAGCCUCAAAACCUGAUAUGAAAAUAAAAUUUUAAAAGUUAUCCAUUUCCUCAAUUAUAUGUACCAGGGUAAAACAAUUACCACAUUAGAUGAUUAAAAAUAAAAAGUAAGGAGCUCUAGAUCCCAAAUAACUACCAUCUAUUAAAAUUCCAGUGUUAUACUUCUCUACUUGGUAGCAUAUCACAUGCUCCUCAUCUACAUAGGGGCUAAUUAAUAUAGUCUGUUAACUUUUACUGGAUGCCCAUGAUAUUCAGAAAAUCCUCUCAAUAUAGUGAAAAACUGGAUUUAAGAUAAAACCAUCACCAUGUUUGUACAGGAAAAGCACUCUACAAUGCUGUAUUUCUGCCUCACUUUGGGCCUGUCAUGGUAUUUUAGUUUAUGUUCUUUACUAAUAACUAAGUGGAUUAGAAGAGAAUACUCAGAAAAACCUUUGGGGAAUUUUCUAUAGCCAAAAAGAACAAUAUGAGCCUCCUCUUCAAAUAACAAUAAAUAGGGCCUCCCAGGUGGCGCAGCGGUUGAGCGCUGGGUU